UUACCUGUACAGCAGACACGACGCAGUCGAUCGGUAGUCGACAGAGAUAUCCAAUGACCGCUGAUCAUACAUUGACUCUCCCGGAACACAGAUAGUACAUUAAAGCCGGGCCAGAAGGACAAUGUGGACAAGACACCAAGAUAAUACUCAUCUUCAUGUAUAACGCUGUACUGAACAGAAGACAUACAAUCUGUUUGGCUGUCCAUUAUGGAUGAUCGCUUGCAUGUUACAUACAAAGGCUGAUUAUACCAUCUACCUCUGAUGUAUAUACGUGAUUUUAUGUAGAUAUAAAAGGGAUUAUUUUCUUCUUCUGGAACUAAUUUUAUCACAUCUCACAAACCAACAAAUGCUUAGCUAAAAACGGAAGGACUGCUUUAGAGAAUUUCUAUAUCCAAAUUGCAACUGAGUGUUUUGUCCUGCCACCAGGUCAGGGAAAUUGGAGGACAAUGAAGGAAGGGGACGUUGACAGGUAUAUCCGGGAAAGCAGCAAGAGUUACAGCGGAUGUCGGGUAAAAAACUCCGCAAGAAGGAACUCUUUACAAAAAAAGACAAUGGGGAUAGAAUCUGAGAGAAAGAUGGCAGCAGCCAAUCUAGGAAGAGAGGAGAAACAACUGCGAGAACAGCUCAGACAUAUGCAGAUCGACAAAAUGAAGAACACUAUUGUGCAUAAUAUGAGAGAGAAAGUCAGGAAGGGGAACAAUAGCGAUAUAAAGGAGGAUGACGAGGAGCUACGCCAUAUCCCUACCGAGCCAUGGCCUGUCACCCUAUCGGAGAGUCCCCGGGGAUCACCCAGACUCGGGAGUAGAUCGGGUUCGAGUCUGGCUCAUGCAGGUAUGGCCAAUUCGAAAAGGAGAGGGCGUCGAAUGUCCCACGAAUUUGAGGACCUCGAUAUGAACACGAAGACUGGCAAGUUACGAGAAACCCCAAAUAUGGCUAAGAGUUUAAUGGCGAGACGAAAUUUGUAUCGUCCAACUUCAGGAUCUCUGACUUCUGUGAGAGGGAGUACAGACAGCCAAGGUCGUGGUAAUGCUGAUAGCUCUGACACAUCAUCAUCAUCCGCCGUGUCUUCUUUAGAGGACCUUCACUGGAUAGGUAACCCAGCGGCCACUAAAUCUGUUCGACGUGCCCGAAAGACUGUCGAGGAACAGGAACUUACGUCCGAACUUCACAAACUCGCUAAAUCAGAUUCGAAGAAAAAGAGAACAAAGAAAACAUCCUGAUAGACAUAUCAAUCAAAUUAUGACCGUGUGAUAUUUGAUCCCGUAAUUAAAUUCCUAGGAAUAUUGGCGCGAUCUGAGAAGUAAUGUUUAAUCAUUUUUUGUAUUCUUUUCAAUUCAUUGUUUGUUACUUACUAAGUGAUAAUGCAUGUAUACGAUAUGUUACUACAUUAAUAACUCAAAUCCGUCCAUUAAUAUUUCCCCAGUUUUAGUUAGGUAUAUUUUAGUAAUCAUUUGAUAUUGUUUCAUAUUUUUUUCUACGAGAUACAUAGCUUCUGCCUAGGUUCUACAAAAACUGCUUCUUUGCACAGCUCAAAAAGUGUUUACAAACAUAUUCAAAUUAAGACUUGUUGUGCCUGACUGACUUCAGCACUUCUAAUUCAUGAUAAUUAUUUACAAGCACUUAUACCCAGUAUUAAAGUGAUUACAUUGUAGAUUCAAUUUGUUUUAGGUAAAUGGUACAAUACAAGGUAAAUGAUACAAUUCAUGUUUGGAAGUAAGUAUUUAUAAUUGAAUUGCAAAACAAUGUUGUGUUGAGUUAAAGUUAUGAACAUUACAAGUUAUUAAUUAAACCUGAUUUGUAGGUUGCCGAUUUGUAAUGAAUACCGAUGGUAAGAUUUUGUCUUUUUAAAAUAAGGACAAGAAAUC